AGAAAUGGAAGAAAUUGAAGGAAUUUUUGAGGCUUUUGAAGAUUAUGUUGAUGGGGCAGACGAGGCUGCAGAAGACUUGACAGAAGAAGAACAGGCAGAACUAGAGAGGGAAGUCGCUGAAGCAAAAAAUGCACUUUCUGAGCUUUCAGAACAAUUAAAGAGUUUAAAAGAAAUCCUUCAGAAUUUAAAAUCAGCCAGAGGGCCAAUAACAAAAUGGUUGGCAAAAAAUAUAGCUAUUGGUGCCAUCUUUUGGGGAGUAAGUACUGGUCUGACCAGACUGCUCAAGUAUGCAACUCCUAAAGAAAAGGAAACGAAACGUACUAUCAUUAGUGCUCUCAAGUGUGUGAUCAACAGUGAAACUGACCUAAGCAAGAAGACGCUGAGUUGGACCAAGGAUCACAAGGAUGACAUGAUUACCCUGGAAACCUAUCCCGUGCCUCUGGAAUGCAUCAUGGCCAAAUAUCUGACUCCAGUAUCAAAGGCUGUUGAGGAAGCUUUCGAUAUUGCAGAGAGGUUUCAGACCAAGAUUGGUGGGAAAGUGCAGCCGAAGCUCCCGAACGCAGGAGAUAUAACGCAGUUCCUCACCGCUGCUGAAGCUUUCCACCAAAGCUUCAGUCACCUGAUUACGUUCAUUUCUGAAAACAAGGACAAGUUUCAGCAGCUGGCUAGUUUUCCAGUGACACAGGAUGACAUGAAGGAGCUCAAUCGCAAAAUUGGAACAGCUCAAGCCUUGCCACUGUGGUAGAGAACGGAAAAAUGUAACUCCAAGAAAGUAAGAAAAAUGUAUUUAUCAGGCACU